AUGCGCGAACCUGCACCACCGACAGGUCUCGGUAUUCCUGCGCGUGUCAGUGCCGGUGCGCCUACAAACUUGGAGACAAAGAGACAGGCCGUUCAACUCACAGCAAUGCUGACAACAUUGAUUCAAAGAGUGGUGAGUAUAUUCCGCGGCAAGGAGGAAGCGGAGGGGUUUUUCAAUCGAGGAGUUCUGUUGCCUCAAGUGGAGCGACAGUACGUUAACUCCGUGGGCAGCUUCCUGCUCAGUCUGCGAGCGGGUGCAUGUGCGACAGCCAAUCAGACGGCCCGACACAUCGACAUGACUACCAGUGGCGGAUGA